AUGGGCAACUGUAAGCCCAUGAGCACACCACUUGAAGCAAAGACCAAGACCUCAUCUAAUGAUAUCUUGUUGGACGAUCCAAGUUACUUUCGAGGACUUGUCGGUGCUUUACAGUAUCUAACACUCACACGUCCAAAUCUUUCAUACAGUGUUAACUAUGUAUCUCAAUUCAUACAUUCUCUUACUAUCGUGCAUUUAAAAUUGGUUCGUCGUAUCUUAAGAUACGUCAAAGGGACUAUUGACAUAGGCUUACACUUUACUUCCAAUACUACACUUGAUCUAUGUGCUUUCUCAGAUGCAGAUUGGGUGGGCUGUCCCACCACAAGGCACUCCACCACUGGAUAUUGCACGUUUCUUGGAGGAAAUCUCAUCUCCUGGUGUGCAAAGAAACAACAUACCAUCUCUCAAUCUAGCACCGAAGCGGAGUAUCGUGUCAUGGCCAACACUGCAGCCAAACUCACUUGGAUGACAUUUAUUCUAAAAGAUCUUCACAUUCCACUUGCCUCUCCUCCGAUCCUCUACUGCGACAACCUUAAUGCUCUUCAUAUGACAGUUAAUCCAGUGUUUCAUGCUCGUAGUAAACAUAUUGAGUUAGAUGAUCAUUUUGUGCACGAACGAGUUGCACUUGGCUUUCACAUCACUCAACACAUCUCCACUAAUGAUCAAGUAGCAGACCUCUUCACUAAACCAAUGUCCAAGGGACGUCUCAGUUACUUUCGAACCAAACUCUGCCUCCAACCCCGGCACCGUUUGAGGGAGAGUAUUAGCACAACUCAGACCCACAACUCAGACCCAGCAAGACAAGGAGACGUUGGAGGAUCAACAAGAUAA